AUGAAUGAUCAUCUGAUAACUUUGAGCAAAAAUUAUCAUAGUGUUGCUCAAGAUUUAUUAAAUCUUGAAAAAGGAAUGAUUGCUCGAGACCAAUUGAUACAAAAUUUAGCACAACGUUUGGCUAGCUUGGACGAAGAAAAAUCAUCUGAUGGCCGCUCUUUCAAUCUUCAAAGAACAACAACAACAUUGGGAGUAGGACAUAACAUUAAUAACUCAAUUACCUCCCCAUUCGUGGAUCCUGAACAAGUACAAAAAUUAAUAAAUUCAUAUACUGAAGCCAUGAGACCUUCUAUUGAAACCUCCAAACGUGCUCAAUUAUUACAAAAUAUGACAAAUAACCCAAAUAACCAUAGAUCUAAUAACUCUAGUAAUAUUGAUAUUAACAAAAAUCCUAAUAAUGAUUUGUUUAACAACAACUCUGUUGGUAAUAAUAUGGGUGAUUAUUCUUCUGCUUCUUCUUCAAAUAAUAAUUCUCAUUUUGAAAAAAUGUCAUUUGCACCUGCUUGGUCAGUUCCACCAAAAGUUUUAUUAGUUGACGAUGAUGCUAUUUACCAAAAUAUCGGGUCGAAACUUUUACGAGUUUUUGGUUGUUCUUUUGAUAUUGCCGUGGAUGGAUUAAGUGCUGUUCGUAAAAUGAAUUUUGCAAAAUAUGAUCUCGUGUUAAUGGAUAUUGUAUUACCCAAUUUAGAUGGUGUUGAAGCAACUACUCAAAUAAGAAGAUUUGACAUGACUACACCAAUUAUUAGUAUGACAUCGAAUAUAGGAGCUGAUGAUUGUUUCAAAUAUUUGUCUCAUGGGAUGAAUGAUAUUUUAGCAAAACCAUUUACAAAAGCUAAUUUACUCUCAAUGUUGGAAAGACAUUGUAAACAUCUUAUAGUCAUUAAAACUUUUCAAAAUAUUCCUAGAUCUAUUGUUAUUGAUAAUAAUAAUAAUUGUACAUCUUUGGAUGAUGAUAAUAGGAUAAUUGAAGAAAUUCCUGAUAACACUAAUAUUUCUACUGGUGGCAGUAGUAAAGAUCAACGUCCUCGUAAAAGGUUUAAAUGUUAA